CCCUCUUUUGACUAGCUGUCUGAUCAUGACUGAUCGUUUGACAACUAGCGAAGACUUUUCCACUGCUCAAUGACCCACAGCCACCGGGCAACAUCUCACCGUCUUCCUCGCUCGAUUUGUGUUUUAUAGGGCAUACUCUAAACUUUACCAAAAUACCUCCUCUGUGUCUUCUCACUGCUACAAUGAUGACCCGCCCACUCCUACCAUGUUUUGCCUCUCUCUGCCUUGUCGUCAUCUUGCUGCACCACAUGACCAGCACCGUCGCCGGUAACUCGCCGUAUCCUUACACACCGGUCGACCAAAUUCUCCUCAACUGUGGCUCCUCUGGAAAUUCAACUGCAUCAGAUACUCGGAUCUGGAUUGGAGACGUGAAUUCAAAAUUUCUCACUCCCGAACAAUCACAAAGCCAGUCAUCUCUUACCAGCACAGUUAAAGAAGCGCCGAAUGUCCCCCUAGUGCCUUUUACCGAUGCACGGCUAUCUCUAGCCCCGUUCACCUACGUAUUCCCCGUCACUGCGGGCCAAAAAUUCGUUCGACUAUACUUUUACCCCGCUUUCUACUCCAACUUCGAUCGCUCUAAUGCCCUCUUCUCUGUCAAAGUUAGUGGUUUUACCCUUCUUAGCAACUUCAACGCUUCACUUAACGCAGAUGCCGAUUCUAAAGAGACCAUAUCCAGAGAAUACUGUGUCAAUAUCGAAGAAGAUCAGAGGUUGAACAUAACCUUCACUCCAUCUCCGAACGUUUCCAAUUCCUAUGCUUUUAUCAACGGAAUCGAAAUCUUGUCGAUGCCUACUAAUCUCUAUUACACUCCUGCUAACAAUCUUGAAGAGCCUUAUCUUAUCGGCCAGCAGAGCCAGUACCGCAUCGAGAACAGCACUUCUCUCGAGAUGGUAUACAGAUUAAACGUUGGAGGGGCAGCCAUCUCAUCCGCCGAUGACACUGGAAUGUUCCGGGAAUGGCAAGACGACUUCAGUUACUUAAAAGAAUAUAGAGAGUUAUUCUUACCUUUCAACAAUACUAUCGACCUGAAGUUUAGCGCCAAGGUACCCAAGUACACCGCCCCAGAAGCUGUCUAUCGCACUGCCCGAAUCCUGGGGAAUAACUCAUCCAUCAACCUGAGCUACAAGCUCACCUGGCAAUUCCCCGUAGAUUCUGGGUUUUAUUACCUCAUUAGGCUGCAUUUCUGCGAGUUUCAACCCGAAAUUAUUGAAGUGUCAGACAGAAGAUUCCAUAUUUUCAUAGCAAAUCAAACCGCCGAAGAAGCAGCCGACGUGAUUUUGUGGAGUGGUGGAAAUGGUAUGCCCGUGUAUAGAGACUACGCCGUUUCGAUGCGUCAAGGAACCGAGAAGAAAGUGAAUCUCUAUGUCGCCAUAGGAGCGCAAACGCUGCACACUGCAUACCGGGAUGCAAUCUUGAACGGCAUCGAAAUCUUUAAAGUAAGCGACAAUAACGGCAAUCUAUCAGGACCCAACCCCGAUCCACGUCCACAGAACCCUCCAACAAUUGCGCCACCAGCACAGGCAAAAGGCUCGGAAGGGAAUAGAACAACAAUAUUUGCUGCCGCCGCUGGUGGAGUCGCCGGAUUUAUUCUUCUCUCAAUUAUCGGCUUCUUGAUUCUCCGGAGGGGAAAGAGAGUCAAGGACUCGGGCUCCAGUGAUGGGACCUCUUGGUGGGGUCCAUUUUCGUUCACUACGACCAAGUCAACAAAGAUCCGCAAGUCGUCUCUACCAUCCGCUCUGAGUCGAUACUUUACAUUGGCGGAGAUUAAAGCGGCCACCCACAACUUCGACGAUACUUUCAUCAUUGGUGUUGGGGGGUUUGGUAACGUUUACAAGGGCUAUAUAGACGGUGGGGACCACCCAGUGGCGAUCAAGCGUUUGGUACCAGGUUCUCAACAGGGAGUACACGAGUUCGAGACCGAGAUUGAGCUGCUCUCGCAACUCCGCCAUCUGCAUCUUGUUUCUUUGAUUGGAUAUUGUAACGAUGGUAUGGAGAUGAUUCUCGUCUACGAUUAUAUGGCCCGCGGAACCCUACGUGAUCAUCUCUACAAGUCCAACAAUCCUCCUCUCUCAUGGAAGCAGCGUCUUCAGAUUUGCAUCGGUGCAGCACGAGGUUUGAGCUACCUACAUACAGGUGCGAAACAAUCCAUCAUUCAUCGUGACGUGAAAACCACCAAUAUCUUACUGGAUGAGGAAUGGGUAGCCAAGGUGUCUGAUUUCGGGUUGUCCAAAAUGGGACCCACGGGCGUGUCUAAGGCCCAUGUUAGCACUGUCGUCAAGGGUAGCUUUGGGUAUCUAGAUCCCGAGUAUUACAGGCGACAACAAUUGACGGAUAAAUCCGACGUGUAUUCAUUCGGAGUUGUCCUGUGUGAAGUGUUGUCUGCAAGGCCACCAAUAUUGAAAACUGCUGAGAAGAAGCAAGUGAGCCUUGCAGAGUGGGCCCGACAAAGCUUUCGCGAUGGAAAGUUUGGUCAGAUUGUUGAUCCGACUUUGAACGGUAAAAUUGCGACCGAGUGUUUGAGUAAAUUUGGUGAGGUUGCUGUGAGUUGUUUGCAUGACAGUGGUGUCGAACGUCCAUCGAUGAAUGAUGUGGUGUGGGGCCUUGAGUUCGCAUUGCAAUUGCAAGAGAGUAUUGAAAAAGCUGGCAAGCGUGAUGAUCAUGUGGUUGAAUUGGAGAUGAAUGAUGCUGAGAAGGCUCUCUUGCCUCAAUCCAAGAGUGAUGACAGUAAUAACAUGUUCAGUAGUAGCGGUGCGCAAGUGUCAAGUAUAUACAGCAAUAGCGAAGUGACGAUGACAAGUAGUGCAGAGCAAAGUUUUAGCAGUACCAAUAAGGAUUCAGAUAGACUGGUGUCCUCUGGAGCUGUGUUUUCUGAGUUAAUGAAUCCUCAAGGACGGUAAAAGAAGGUACUUGCUAUAUUGAUCAGUAAACUAUUGCUUUGUUAUUUAGAGACAGGAUGACAGUGGUAAUGCGAGUAUGUGAUAAAUUAAAUUAGUUGGAAGGGAUUAAAUUGUCGGGAUUUUAGUUUGCGUGAAUAAAGGUAUUGAUGCUCAAGUGUAUCUAAUGUAUUCCAGGGGUUUUGGUUGCUUUCAAAGAACAAAAAAUGCAUAUGCGAAAGAUAAUCUACAGUUCAGAGUAA